GGCUUGCGGGGCGCCAUGGGCCGCAGGCAGCGCCGCAGGGAGCAGCCGGCGAGGCGCGAGAGGGGGCCGGGGGGCUGGCCCGAGGGCGGCUACCCGGACAUCGUGAAGGAGAACGCGCUGUUCGAGCGCUACUACGCGGCGCUGCGGCUGGUGCCUGAGGGCGAAUGGGGGAGCUUCAUGGCGGCCCUGCGGGAGCCGCUCCCCGCCACCCUCCGCAUCACCGGCUACAAAAGCCAUGCCAAAGAAAUCCUCCAUUGUUUGAAGAAUAAGUAUUUCAAGGAGCUUGAAAACCAGGUGGUAGAUGGUCAAAAAAUUGAAAUGCCACAACCAUUAAGCUGGUAUCCAGAAGAGUUAGCAUGGCACACAAACCUAAGCAGAAAAAUCCUGCGCAAGUCUCCCCAGUUAGAAAAAUUCCAUCAGUUCCUUGUUAGUGAAACAGAAUGUGGGAACAUCAGUCGUCAGGAAACUGUCAGCAUGAUUCCUCCCCUGUUGCUUAAUGUUCAGCCUCAUCAUAAGAUUCUCGACAUGUGUGCUGCUCCUGGCUCUAAGACCGCCCAGCUGAUUGAAAUGCUGCAUGCAGACAUGAGUGUUCCUUUCCCAGAGGGAUUUGUAAUCGCAAAUGAUGUUGAUAACAAGCGCUGCUAUUUGCUGGUUCACCAGGCCAAGAGGUUAAACAGCCCUUGCAUCAUGGUUGUAAAUCAUGAUGCGUCCAGCAUCCCUAAUUUACAAAUAACCAUGAAUGGAAAGAAGGAGAUCCUUUUUUAUGACAGGAUACUAUGUGAUGUCCCAUGCAGUGGAGAUGGAACCAUGAGAAAAAACAUUGAUGUGUGGAAAAAGUGGACAACACAAAAUAGCUUGCAACUUCAUGGGCUGCAGUUAAGGAUUGCAACCCGUGGAGUGGAACAGCUGGUAGAAGGAGGCCGAAUGGUGUACUCCACAUGUUCCUUGAACCCAGUUGAAAAUGAAGCUGUUAUUGCCUCUCUGUUGGAAAAAAGCGAAGGUGCCUUAGAACUUGCUGAUGUCUCUUUGGAACUGCCGGGUCUAAAGAGGAUGCCAGGGGUGACGCAAUGGAAGGUAAUGACGAAAGAUGGGCAGUGGUUUGAAGACUGGAAAGCUGUGCCUCCCAACAGGCACACUCAAAUACGGCCUACCAUGUUCCCCUUGAAAGAUGAAGCAAAGCUUAAAGCCUUGAAUUUGGAGCGCUGCCUUAGAAUUUUGCCACACCAUCAAAAUACUGGAGGAUUCUUUGUAGCUGUGCUAAUUAAAAAUUCUCCUAUGCCAUGGAACAAACGUUCACCCAAGCUCCCACUGUCACAGAAGACGGAACAUGUAGCACAGUCUUCUGAGGCUGUAUCUUUAGAAACGGUUGCGUGCGAUGUGGUCACAAAAGCAAGAGGGGAAGAUUCCUUGGUGAAGGAGAGCUCUGAGAGCAGGAAGGAUGGAGUUUGUGGGCCACCCCCGACUAAAAAAAUGAGGCUUUUUGGUUUUAAAGAAGAUCCAUUUGUUUUUCUUUCUGAAGAAGACCCAUUAUUUUCACCUAUUCAAGCUUUUUAUGCAUUGGAUCCUUCAUUCCCAAGGAUGAAUUUGUUAACUCGCACUCAGGAAGGAAAGAAGAAGCAGCUAUACAUGGUUUCCAAGGAGAUAAGAGACGUACUACUAAACAACAGUGAAAAGCUAAAGGUGAUUAAUACAGGAAUCAAAGUGUGGUGCCGCAAUAGUGAUGGCGAACAAUUCGGCUGUGCCUUCCGAUUAGCACAAGAGGGAAUAUAUACGUUGUACCCUUUUAUUAAUGCAAGAAUUGUUAUCAUCGGCUUGGGAGAUGUUAAAGUGCUGCUAACAGAAGAAAACCCCUUCUUAAAUAAACUCGGUGGUGAGGUUCAGAGUCAAGUCAGAGAAAUGGCUAUGGGGAGUAUAGUACUGAAAUAUGAACCAGAUCCCAGUCAGCCAGAAACCCUUCAGUGUUCAAUUGUGCUUUGUGGCUGGCUUGGCAAGACUUCCAUCCGUGCAUUCGUGCCCAAAAAUGAGAGGCUGCACUACCUCCGGAUGAUGGGCGUGGAGGUGUUCAGGGCAAAGAGGAAAGAAGAUGGAGAGGGAAAAGCAGAGGUGGGAACCACAGAGCAGGAGGUGGAAGACUUGGAAGGUGAAACCAAGGAGUCUGCGCAAAUGGAAGAGCACCUGAAUGGUCAGCCUGCACAAGAAUUCAGCAAACCCAUGACAGCAGAGUUGGAAAAUGACGUGGGAGGGCACCUUUCUUCCAGUGACGGAAGUGAGAGCAUCCAAAAUAUGAAAAAAGAUAAUGCUAAUCUAAGUGAUAUACAGGUUAAAAAAUGACUUUUAUGGACAGGAGAUGUGCAUCAUUUUAGAUAUUUACACUGAUGCUAAGAACCUUGAAGCAAAUUUUAUUAAAAGGCUUUUCAGUUUCUGGGGAAAUGUGCUUUGGGGAGCUAUUUUAUGAAUGUUUCAUCCUGCUUUAAAUAUUUUUUCACAUCUUUACUCUGUCCUGUUUUAACACGUAAACUCCAUGAGGAUAAUUAUGUUUGGUCUGUUGCUGGCAAUGGACUUUACACCAUUCAAAUGACACCUGUCAGUUUCAAGGUUAAAUAAAUUAUUCCUAUAUGGAUAUAAUUUGUAAAA